UCAAUACCUAUAAAUAAAUAUUAAUAGUGUAGAAUAGGAAACAAAUGUUCGCGCGGUCGAGUGAAAAACGCGAUGAUGCAAGAUCGAAGGAACAAGGUUUUAAUGGAACAGCUGAAACAAUCUCUUUUGUUACGUCUUCAAGCAUUGAACCCCAGUUCUCAUUCCAUCAUCAAAUCACCACACGUCUCCUCUUUUAUAGACAAUCAUCUUCCACAAGUGUUCAAAUCCUUCCAUACCCCCACUCACCCUCCUUAUUCCGCAAUGAUAAAGAGAGCAGUGAGGGAAUUGAAUGAGGAAGAUGGGUCGACUGAUGAAGAAAUAUCUGAGUUCAUUAGAAGGGAAUAUGAGAAAGAUUUACCAUUUGCCCAUUCAACUAUUCUUAAGGUUCAUCUGAUGAAGCUUUGCAUGAAUAGGGAUCUUGAGUGUACCAAGAAUGGGAGAUAUGUGCUUGUCGAUUGUCAAAGUGAAGUGGUUGUAACAAUGCUUGAAAGUGAUAAAGAAGACAACCAAAAAGAUGACAGAGACAACGACUGGCGAAGAUUCUAUUAGUCAACAUAUUUGACUUAGUCAUCGUUAAUAUAUAAGAUUGCUAUUAGACUACUAACCGUUUACCUUUAAUCUUUAUUUUGGGUUUACUAUAUAAAAAUUCAUCAUCUUGUAUUUUA